AUGGUUAAUCCUUGGUUCAUUGGUGUAAUCUUCAUUUUUAUGUCGAUGGGACGAACUCCAAUUUAUCCGUAUAAUUCAUUUGGUUGUCGAGCAAUAUUUGGUGCUAUGCUUUUCACAGUUACCGAGAGUAUAUUUUGCAUUACUUGGAUAGCUAUUUCAAGAUAUCUUGUAACAUCAAAUCCUGCCAAUUUUAAGAAAUAUACCAAACUUAAAUGGGGUUUAAUAUGGAUAUGUUCGUCUGUGUCAUUGACAGCGUUUAUAGGAUUUAUUGCACCGGUUGUUGGAUUUUGGGGUAAAUUCACAUAUAUGAAUAAAUCUGGUAUUUGUGCUAUGGGGUAUCGAUUUAUAGACGGUGCUAGUUAUGCUACUUAUGGUCUAGCUUUUACAGGUGAGCAAGAGUUCAAGAUUUUCGUUAGUACAUAG